GUCAGUAGUAAAUAUAAAUAAAAAGUAAUUUUUUUCAAUUUUUGGCAUUAUUUCUUUUUAAAAUAAAUAAAUUUCAAUAUAAAAAUAAAUUUUCGGUUUCAAAAAGUUAUAGUUGUUCUUAAAUUUUGUAAAAAACAAAAACAAAAGUUUAUAAAUUGUGCAAAAAAAAAAAUUUAAUUUAUGAAGUUAUAGAUUAACGAUAUUAUAUGGGAAAAUCAUGGUUAAAAAAUUAAGUCAAAUAUAAAAUAUCGUAGUUGCUAAACGAUCAAGGUUUUGUCAAUUCAAUUUCCAUUUGUGACUUAUCAAUUCUUAUUGUUAAGGCAGUAAACAUCGAAAAGAAAUUUAAUCAUACAUGAAUGAAAGACAUUUAAAAUGUCUCUCAGUUUUCAACGAAAUUUACCCUAUUUAAAACAGCAAACAUCUGCAUUACUUAGUAAUACAUCACCAGUGAUAACUUCUAUAUGUCUAGUCACUGUAUUUGGUUAUUUUUUAUCGUUUUUCGAUAGUGCGAUAACAGUUCUUAGCGUAACACCGGGCUAUAUACUCCCCCCAUCGUUUUGGAUAUGGACGGCAUUUACCUUUUGUUUUAUAGAGCUGCACCUUUUUGAAGUAUUAGUUGAUAUUAUAACUGUAGGUUUAUGUGGUAAAUUAUUAGAACCACUAUGGGGUCAAUUGGAAAUGUUUAAAUUUUUUGCUAUAACAAAUUUAGGAGUUGCAAUAUGCACAUCAUUUUAUUAUUUGUUUGUUUACAUGUGUACAAAAAAUUCAGAAUUAUUAUUUAAUGUUCAUAUACAUGGUUUAGCAGGAUAUGUUGCUGGAGUGUCGGUUGCAGUUCGUCAAAUGAUGCCAGAUCAUUUGAUUGCUAAAACUCGUUUGGGGAAAUUUACAAAUAGAAAUGUACCAUUAAGUGUACUUUUGGUAUCAUUAAUAUUUUGGGCAGUUGGACUUUUAGAAGGUACAUAUCCAGCAAUGUUUUGCUCAGGGUUAAUAGUAUCAUGGAUAUAUUUAAGAUUUUAUCAAUAUCAUCCAAAUGGACGUGGUGAUUCUUCAGAAAGUUUCACAUUUGCAAGUUUCUUUCCAACUGUGAUGCAAUCGGUAAUAGGAAUGUUAGUUAAUCCUUUAUACCUAUGUUGCUUAAAAGUGGGUAUUGUAAGACCACCGGCACCUUCAAGAUCGAUUUCCGCAUCAACACUUUCAUCUAUUACAGUAUCCAUGCCGGGAGUGGAUCCUCAUGAUAUUGAGCGAAGAAGGCAAAUUGCACUUAAAGCUUUAAGUGAACGAUUGAAAGCUGCGGACUUGAAACAAAAUUCCCUGCCAAAAUCAUAUCCACCAGGAGGAAAACAUCAACACCAACAUCAACAUCAUCAUGCUGGCCAUAGCCACGGUAGUGGAGCUGGGCAUAGUCAUGGCCACCACCAUUCAGGGCAUGGUCAUAGUCAUGGUGGUCAUGGACAACACCAGCAUCAUAUGCUACAUUCAGGAGUCAGUGGGUUGAAUCCAAAUAUCCCAACAACAGUUGCGCCACAAUUUAAACCAAAUAUGACAUUAGCAAAUCAAUUUGCAAUACCACCGGCAAUACCAUUACCUUAUGAACCGCUUGGGAAAAAAUCAACAGUAACAAAUGAAAAAGCUUCUGAAACUAUAAUAGACUUAGACGAAAGCGUUACGUUUCCUUCAAAUCCAAAGUGAUUAAAUUAGGGUUUGGUUUCUAAAGGAAGCUCACUUUUAACUGAAUAGGAUAUUAAAAUUGUGCUUUUUACUUUUAAUUUACAAUUGUUUAAAAUAUUUCUCAAUAGUUUAAUAAUUUUUUUUUUUGUAUAAUUUUUGACAAAUUGAGACAAAUAUUGAAGAAAGUCAAAUAAAUGAAUUAAUCACGUAAGAUGAAAUGUUGAAUAUUCAUGUAGAAUAAAUUAAUUUAAAAAUCUUUUUAAAUAAAGUUCUAGAUGCUUUACGUCUAUAGCUAUUAGUAUUAAAAAAUAUGCGCCAAAAUUUUAUCAGAAAUUAAUUCAAGUCUUAUUUUGUAGACUUAAAUGAAUGGUGCAAAAUCUUAAAAUUUUGUAGAAUAUGUACAAAAGCUGUUGGUAUUUCAAAUUUACUAACUUAUAAUAUUUUCAAUAAAAAUGUAUGAUACAAAGUAUUUUCGUUAUUUUGAAUAGAUCGUACAUUUUAAUCAGAUUAAUUAAAAAUAUCGUCUUAUAAAAUAACAAAAUAUUUGCAACUUUAAUUUUUGCUAAAAAAUACAAAAUAUAAUAUGCAUACUUAAACAUACAAAUGAAUUAAAAAGAAUAAGAGAAAACUUUUGACAAGUUUAUUGGUAAAUCAUCUUUGUUCAUAACA